AUGAAGAAAAGUAGUUUAUGUGAUAAUAGUAAAUGUAAUAAAACAACAAUCUUUCAAAAAUAAAUGGCUCCUGUUAAAUGUUCAAAAUGCAAUAGUGGUACUUAUUGUUGUCAAGCAUGUUUAAAAGAAGAUGAGUAACAAUAAAUAUAUUUUAAGAGAUCAUAUAUGCAAUUCAGAUCAUUUAGAUCUUGAUAAUACAACCUAAAUUAAUUCAUCUGUUAAUGAAACACUAUUAUAAAUUCAAUAAAAGAAGAGAACUCUUGAUGAUUAUGAAUUCAUUAAUGGAGAUAAAGGAAUGUUAGGAAGAGGAGCAUUUGGAGAAGUUAGAUUAGCUAUUGAUAUUGAUCUAUAAUAGGAAAUGGCUAUUAAAAUUUUAAAUAAGAAAAAAAUGUUAAGGAAUUGUAAUCUAUAACAAUUAAAAAAUGAAAUUAAAUUAUAAAGAAGUCUAAAUCAUCCAAAUAUAAUUUAAUUAUAUCAUGCAUUUGAAGAUAGAGAAAAUAUAUAUUUUGCCUUAGAAUAUGCUUCAAAUGGUUCACUCUAUAAAUAUUUAAGAAAACUUAAAGUUAUGCCUGAACCUGAAGCAUUUGUGUACUUUUUUUAGACUUGUCUUGCAGUUGAUUAUUUACAUAAAAAAAAUGUAAUUCAUAGAGAUUUAAAACCAGAGAAUAUUUUAUUGGAUGAUUAAGGAAAUGUAAAAUUGUGUGACUUUGGAUGGAGUGCUGAAAGUGUUGAAAUGAGAAGCACAUUUUGUGGAACAUUUGAUUACAUGGCACCUGAAAUGUUACACAAUAAACCACAUGAUUAUAGAGUAGAUAUAUGGGCAUUAGGAAUUUUGCUUUAUGAACUUUUACAUGGAAAUGCACCUUUUACUAAAGCUCAUUUUGCUAAAGAAAAUAUUUAAAAUUUAAAUAUUAAAUUUUCAUAAUCUGUAAGUUCUUAAGCUAAAGAUUUAAUUACUUAAAUAUUAUAACAUGAUCCAAAAAAGAGAAUGAGUAUGAAUUAAAUAUUUGCACAUUAAUGGUUAUAAUCUAAUGCUGAAGAAUUUGGAAUGGAUAUUAGUGAAUAUAUAUAUGUUCCAAAAUCAUAAAGAAUUAAUGAUUCAUCUAUUAAUCAAACAUUUGAAUAAUCUAAAUAAUUAAAUGAAUCUAAAAUAAAAUAAAAUAAUAAUACAAAUACAAGUUAAAUAAAAAAACCAGAUUUCUUAAACACUUCUUAAUAAUAAUAAUCAUAUUAGAAAUAAGAAGUCUAAAAAAUAUAAUAAAAUUCUUAAGAAAAUAAAAAGAUAACUAAUAAUAAUUCAUUUCAUUAAACUAAUAAUUAAUCAUUACAUUAAACUAAUAAUUAAUCACAUAUAUCAAAAAUCUCUGAAAAUUUACAAGAUUCAGUUAGAUCUUCUUCAGAUUGUUCAGAUAUAUAGAGUAGAGCAUCUAAUAUUAGAUAAUCUUUUGCUAAAGAUUUAUCAAUGAAAGGAUUGAGUUAAAAUAAUAAUAGUUUUCAUACUUAAGAAAAUAAACAUUUAUUUACUAAUGAUGCAAACAUUCUAAAUUAAGAGUAAAUUGAAAGAUUACUUAGAUAAUAAUUAAAAUCAGCUGAAACAAAAUCAGAUGAUAUCAAACUAUCAUUAAAUUCAUUCUAAAAUAUAUAAUCAAAUUAAUUGUAAAAUAAAUCUCAAUCAUCUAUAUUAGUUGAUGACAAUAAAAACUUUAGUUAAUAAUUAUAUUCAAAUUAAUCAAAUACUGUAAAAUAGAGACAUGUUUAAUUUUUAUCACCUAAAGAAAGCAUGAAUGAAACAUCUUAAAAAAUUCAAUAAUAAGUUGAAGAAUCUCCAUAUUUUAAUCCUGCUUAAAUUAGGGAAUCAAUAGCUGAUGAUGAAGUUAAAGAAAAAUUUAGUUUUGGUAGUCUUUCAAAUUCUAAACAUGAUUAAAAUUAACAAGAAAUAUAACAACCUGAAGAGUAAUAAGGAUUUAAUAAAAAGGAUAAAAUAUUAAAAGAAACUAGAUUAUCUAAAUUAUCUGUAAUAGAAUCAGAUGAAAGUGAAUGCAAAAGUGAUGGAGAAGAUUAAAGAAAUUAUCAACUUUAAUAAAUUACUUAAGCUGUUCGUUCUUACUCUGCUAAUACAAUUUAACCUAAAGAUACUAAAAAUUCAAGAAAUCCUUAAGAAAUUGAAUUAUAAUCUCAAUUUUUAUACUAAAAUAAUGUACUUUAGGAUACUAAAUCAUAGACCUCUAAAACUUCAAAAAAAUCAAAAUUAUCUAAAUAAUCAAAACAAUCGACUAAUACAAAAGUUAAUUCAGAAUAAAGUAGAGCCUAAUAAUAAUUAAUUAUGUAAAAGAAGAAAUAUUCAUAAAAUAUGGUUGAUUAUAGAAAUUUUAAUAUGAAGGAGAUUUCUAAAGAAGAUAGAAAUAGAUAUUAAGAUUAUAAGGAUUCUACUAAGUAAUUAGAAAUAAGAUCUAGAGAACUUCAAGCUUAUCUUUAUUCUUAAGAUAAUUAAUUUUCUUCAAGAAGAAGCAUUAAAUAAAAUAAUGCAAGUAAAGAAGAAUUGGGUUUUUUUGGAAAAAUUCAAUUAGCAUUUGGUUGUUUAGGACAGAGAUGA